CUCUGAUGCAGAGACGAUGGGAUGAUGCUACGGUCUCUGAUUUCUUUGUUAGUUUUCUUUUCUACGUAUCAAAUAAACAGACACCCGCAGUCCGUUUAUUCCGUGUGAUUUUCGAAAGUGCACGGAUCCCGAGGAGACAAAAAUAUGGAUUUUGUCAUUAUUGAUGAAAAUGCAGAAGGUGAUUUUGUCAUUAAAGACGAAGGAGGUUUCAUCAAACCAGAGGAGGAGGAUUAUCCGUUCACUAUUGUUGCUGUGAAAAUUGGAGACGAUGGCAAAGUUGAAGAAACUGAUGAACCUGUCUUCAGCUUAGAUCCUCAGACACAUUUCACAAAUCAUGAGCAGGAUCGAAAACAGGAGGAGGACUCUUCGGAAACAGACAAUUCUGAAGAUUGGAAUGACGAUUCUGAAUCUGCGGAGUCACCUACAGAUAGUAUUCCCAUUACACCUGACGUUAAGCGAAAGAAAUACGUUAAAGGACCACAUGUGUGCCCUUAUUGUGAAAAGAAAUUUGAUCGAAAAUAUAAUUUGGACAAUCACAUAAGAACACAUACAGGAGAAAAACCAUUCAGUUGCUCAGUUUGUGAACACAAAUUUACUUCAAAAACAAAUCUAAAUAAACACAUGAAGAGUCAUCCUUCACUUUCAAAGAGCCAGAUGAGAGGGACAUCCAGCUUAAAUUACAGACCAAAAUCAAGAAUCAUUCAAAAUUAUCCAAAAAAACAAGGUUUCGGCUGUACAUUAUGUAACAAAGUAUUUUCAAGCCAAAAAAAUCUUUCAUAUCAUAUCAGUCGCCAUGCAAAGAACGUACAAACUAUGCCUUUUAAGUGUGAAGAGUGUGGGGCCAGGUUUAGAGACGAACAUUGGUUGGUUCAGCACAUGGAGAUUCAUAGUGCACACAGGCCACACUGCUGCAGCUUCUGUAAUAAAAGGUUCACCUCCAGAGACACGUUAAGGUCCCACAUGAGGAGUCACACUGAAGAACGCCCUUACAAAUGCACAGUCUGUGACAAAGGCUUUAAGCACAGAGCCAAUUUAUACUGGCACAAGAAAAUGCACACAGGAGUCAAACCUUUCAGCUGUCCGGUAUGCUACAAAACCUUCUUAAGAGCCACUAACCUAAAACUGCAUUUGUCCACACACGAAAAAGAGUCCAGAAACCCAAAACUAUUCACGUGUCCAGUUUGCCACAAAACAUUUACGAAUAAUAACGCGCGUCGACAUUUUGCCACGCACAAAAACGAUGGUGAAAUCAUGCAACCCAAGGAAAGUUCAAAACCCUUUAGCUGCAGGGUCUGUGGAGCAGAGUUUUCCAAGAAGCUGAGUCUGUCAUACCACGAGAGGACUCACAAGGUUCAAAGAGCAUUUUAUUGUUCUGUUUGUAAAAGAGGGUUUAAUUCAAGACACACUUAUGACAUACACUGUAGAAAGCAUUUUAGCAGACCAGCUGAGGUUCAAACUGAGCACCUGAAUGCAGUGGACAAUGCCGAUGUAAAUACAGAUAUGAACUCUGAUGGCACAUUUUUAACAUCAAAACCAUUCAGGUGUUCGAUUUGUGAAAAUUGCUAUGCCUCUGAAAGUGACUAUAUGAGACACAUGCAAACACACACACAGAUACAGACGGAGGGAGAGACAACUCAAAGUAGUUCUUCAGAUCCAGACACGCAUAGCAUCAGUUGUCCGCUAUGUCAAAAAGUAAUCCAGUCCGGGAAGAGAUUUAGAGCUCAUUUGCAGUAUCACAGAAGGGUGAAACCUCGACCGUUUUCAUGCAAAGAGUGUCAACUCAACUUUGCCGAAAAAGAGUGGUUGGAACGUCACAUGGAAAUCCACAACGUCGAUCGGCCAUUUUGCUGCGAGAUCUGUAACAGAAGGUUCUCAAAACAGUCGAUCUAUAACUCUCAUGUGAGAAUCCACACCGGGGAGAGACCUUACAAGUGUACGCUGUGCAAGAAAAGGUUCAAACAUCCAAGUAAUCUGAGAUUUCAUGUCAGAACGCACACGGGUGAGAAACCUUUCAGCUGUCCGAUCUGUUACCAAAGAUUCACAAGGAACGCCAAUGUUAAGAGACACAUCGCUUCGCACACAGAGGAGGACAGGGACAAAUAUUCAACGAAAAACGCCACAAAACCGUUUAUCUGUAAAGAAUGCGGACUUGGGUUCAAUAAGAAGAAGAGUUUCAUCUGGCACAUGAGGAGUCACAAAAAUAAAAGGGGAUUUCAGUGUCGUAUUUGUCAAACUAAAGAGGAUACAGUUCAAGCAUUUACUGUUCAUAUGAGGAUGCACUCGUGUGUGGUUAAACUGAUGAGGUUGAAUGAGCACCUGGAUUUUGAUCAAUAUUCGCCCAGCCCAACCUACGGUUCUUGAAUCAAACUUGGUUCUUUCCCAUUAGAUUUUAUUUAGUCUUUCUCAAAACAAAAUUGUAGGUGCACUAUGCAACUUUUCAGGAAGAGCGUUCGCUAACAAUUGCCCAGUAUAGAUUUUGUGAGCCUCCCCAGUCCAGUGGCAUUCUCACUGUCAGCAUAGUCGCUUCUCCACAAAUCUGACCAGUAACUUGGUCUUGUAGCGCCACUUGUUUAUGUCUUUGAAAAUUGAUACAUUUAAUGCCGUGCUGUAGUGAAGUAAAGACAUUUCCGUGGAAAAAAGCAGUUGGCAGACCAUCCACCAGAAAAGUUACACCAUGCACCUUUAAAAUGGUUGUAUGGACAGUGACUGCCCACUCUGGUUCCAGAAGUAAAUUUUAAGUAAAGAAUUCAAAGGCACAGUGGAGGCUAACCAUGAUAAAAUCCAUUACAGGUUGUUUUAAGAAAAAAGGCAUGUUUAACAUGCAAGAUUUGAUGGUAAAGUUUCUGAAACAGUUUUAAGUAAACAUUAAACAAAAAGGAGUCAUGGAAUUGGAAGCUAGUCCCUACAUUCUACUCCGAGCAGUUGAGCAUUAAACGACAAGGAGCAGUGCGUUAAAACUGCAUAACGCACAGCUCCAAGUUGUAUAAUGUGUUUCUACCACGGCUGCAAACAGAAAUGUGUCACUUGUGAAUGUGAAAAGUCUGUUUCCUGUAUGUAAAUGUCCAAAAUAUCAGUUAUUACAAUAUUUUAAAUUUUGCUAGUUACUACAUUCAACCCUCAGCACUUGAGCAUUUGUUGACCUGUUGCUAUGGUGAUGUCAUGGUGGUGGCUGCAGAGCAGUGAUAUGGAACAGUGAUUUGUCUUUUGCUGGACUAGUGCGUUAUGCAGUAUUAACGCAUGGCUGUUAGACUUCUGAAUUCUCACUGAUCGUGGUAUAAAUAAUAUUACAGACCUUGUGGUCAUUAGUUGCCACAUAUCUGAUCAGCCUUGUGCAAACUUUCAAUCUUUUAAUAUAUAUAUUUUUGGAAAAUCUAUAAUAAUUAGAAAUUGACUUCCAGAACUACGGAGUGUGCGUUCACUGUUGAGGUUCAUUGAUUUUGUUAGCAUAAACAAUACAGACGUUUAACUGCAGUUCCAUUUCACACAAAAAAUAUUCAAAUUUCUUCAUCCAAAGUCUUCCAUCUGCUCCAAACCACAUUUUUGUACUGACAGAGGAUUGGCUGUGGACUUAUAGAUUGAAAACCCAACCUCCACCAUAUCACUGACGAAUAAACAUGAUUGAAUCUUGAUCUCUUUAUAUUUCGAUUGACUGCGCAGCCCCAGCCGAAGGUUUUUGAAUCAGUAAAGCUGCGUUGAUAUUGUUGAAUAGAAUUGAACACUGUCAUCAUGGGGAUGUUAAAUAAAGGGAAAUGUUCUGUACUUACUUACUCUGUUGUAGUAGCAGAAAUAGAUUUGCAUGACACUGGA